CCCUGACAGCCACCACAGACCCCCGCAAAAAAAAUCUCUUUCACUCGCGCGCUCAACACACCUUACCCGACGACACAAAAUGGCUGACCGUGGUGCAAGCGCCCCCGCCCGUGGAGGUGGUGGUUUCGGAGCUCGUGGCGGUGACCGUGGCCGUGGACGUGGCCGUGGUCGCGGACGUCGCGGCGGCAAGAGCGAGGAGAAGGAGUGGCAGCCCGUCACCAAGCUCGGUCGUCUCGUGAAGGCCGGCAAGAUCAGCUCCAUGGAGGAGAUCUACCUUCACUCCCUGCCCAUCAAGGAGUACCAGAUUGUCGACUUCUUCCUGCCCAAGCUCAAGGAUGAGGUCAUGAAGAUCAAGCCCGUCCAGAAGCAGACCCGUGCCGGUCAGCGCACCCGUUUCAAGGCCAUCGUCCUCAUCGGUGACUCUGAGGGACACGUCGGUCUCGGAAUCAAGACCUCCAAGGAAGUCGCUACCGCUAUUCGCGCUGCCAUCAUCAUCGCCAAGCUUAGCGUCAUCCCCGUCCGUCGUGGUUACUGGGGAACCAACCUCGGUGCCCCCCACUCCCUGCCCACCAAGGAGUCUGGAAAGUGCGGUUCCGUCACCGUCCGUCUCAUUCCCGCCCCCCGUGGUACCGGCCUUGUCGCCUCCCCCGCCGUCAAGCGUCUCCUCCAGCUCGCUGGUGUCGAGGACGCCUACACCUCCUCCGCCGGUUCCACCAAGACCCUCGAGAACACCCUCAAGGCCACCUUCACCGCCGUCUCCAACACCUACGGCUUCCUUACCCCCAACCUGUGGAAGGAGACCAAGCUCAUCAGAUCGCCUCUCGAGGAGUACGCGGACACCCUGCGUGAGGGCAAGAAGUACUAGAGGAUGUGUGAAUGAUGGGGAGAACCUCGGCGGCGAGGAGAUGAGAAGAACAAGUGUCGGCUUCGGGAUUUCUUCAUGGAGUUGCGUGUGUUACACUGCAUCGUUGGUUGGCCAGGGCAUGACAUUAAGGCUAAGGGCAAACUAGCUCCGGAUCUGAAAAUAAAGAUCAAACAUUGAAUGCAGCCGACGGGUUUUUCAAAAAAAUAAGUACGGGCAUGAAUUUUACGAUACC